AUGCGGGUGCUCGCUGUCGACGACGACCCGCUCUGUCUCAUGAUUCUCGAGCGAAUGCUGCGACAAUGCUCUUACUCAGUGACGACAUGCAGCCGCGCGGCAACGGCGCUGUCGCUGCUGCGGGAGAACCGCGACCGGUUCGACCUGGUGAUUAGCGACGUGUACAUGCCCGACAUGGACGGCUUUAAACUGCUCGAACUCAUCGGCCUCGAGCUCGACCUCCCCGUUAUCAUGAUGAGCGCGAACGGCGAGACGAGCGCGGUGAUGAAGGGCAUAACGCACGGUGCGUGCGACUACCUCUUAAAGCCUAUGCGCAUCGAGGAGCUGCGCAACAUCUGGCAGCACGUCGUGCGCAAGCGCACCACUCCGCGCGACGCCGGCGCAAGGGACGCGGACGCCGCCGGCGAGUGGGACGAGGUCAAACCCGGCACGUCCGCUGCUGCUGGGGGGGACGCUGGCGGCGGCGGCGGCGGCGGCGGUGGCGGGCGGGGCGGGAUAAACGACGAGGGUUUCGUGGAGGGGAUGGGGGGCGGAGGCGGAGAGGGAGGGGGGAGGGGAGAGGGAGGGGAGGAGGGAGGGGAUAGUGACGGGGAGGUGGGGGGCAAGCGCAAGAAGGAGGAGACGGUGGAGGAUGCGAUGAUGCUGAAGAAGGCGCGAGUGGUGUGGUCCAUUGAGCUGCACCAGCAGUUCGUCAACGCUGUCAACCGGCUCGGAGUGGACAAGGCGGUGCCGAAGCGAAUAUUGGAGAUUAUGAACGUGCAGGGACUCACUCGGGAGAACGUUGCUUCGCAUCUGCAGAAGUACCGUCUGUACCUGAAGCGGCUAAGCGGGGUGAACCCACAGCCGCACCCAGUGGCGUCCUUCCAAGCCACAGAAGGCAGUGCGUUCGGGGGCACGCUGCACGUGCAGCUACCCGGCUCUCGCUCCUCCAAAACCCCUUCCAUGAGCCUAUCCGAUGCUGUUGCUGCUGCUGCCGCCGCUGCUGGUGUUGGAGGCGGGCUGGGCGGGGCUGGUGGGAUUGGGGGUCGAGGGGGAGGGGGAGGGGGAGGUGGUGGUGGUGGCGGCGGUGGGGGCCUUUUUGCAGGUCUUGGCGUGUUGGGAGGCUUAGGCGGGGGGGAUGGUGGUGGUGGUGCGGCUGCUGCUGCUGCUGCAGCGGCGGCAGCAGCAGCAAUGGUGGCCGGUGGGGGUUUGGACGCGUCCACUCUAGCCACAAUCGCACAGAUUCAAGCCAUUCAGCAGCAACAGCAGCAGCAACAGCAGCAACAGCAGCAGCAGCAGCAGCAGCAGCAGCAGCAGCAACAGCAGCAGCAGCAGCAGCAGCAGCAGCAACAACAGCAGCAGCAGCAGCGGAGGCAGGCAGGCGCAACAGGUGGCAGCUCCCCAUUGGCCCAUCUGGCUGCUGGAGGAGGGGGGUUUGGGAACGCUGCCACAGCAGCAGCCAUGGCAGCAGGGUUGUUGGGACCUGCAGCGUCGGGGAUAGGAGCAAGCCAUGAGUAUGGAUCAGCAGCAGGGGAAGGUGGUGGUGGCGGUGCUGCUGGUGCGGGUGCAGGUGGUAUGGCCGGGAUAGCCCAAGCGCUAGGCCUUCAGAAUCUGUCUCCCUAUGAGCUGAACCUGUUACUGCAAGCUCAGCAGGAGAGCAUGGUGCGACAGAGGGGAGGAGGGGGGGGAGCAGCGGGGGGAGGCGGAGGGGGAGGGGCGGCUGGGCUUGGCGGUAUGGACUCAUACCUACAGGCUUUGGCAGGGCAGGUGGGAUUGAUGGGUGGUGCUGGUGCCGGUGGUGGUGGUGGAGGAGGAGGAGGUGGAGGCGGAGGUGGGGGUUCUGCUGCUUCACCAACACAUGCUGGGCUUGCAGGGCUUGCUGGUAUAGCAGGGCUGGGUUCAGCGGGCCUGGCAGGGGGAGGAGGCUUGGGAGGGCUCUUGGAAAUGGCUACAGGGACAAUGGGAGGAGUGGAUAACGGUGGAGGAGGAGGGGGAGGGGGAGGAGGAGGAGGGGCAGCAGGGCUGCAGGAAUAUGCGGCUCUUAGGGCGACUAUGGCCGCGUCGGGAUUCAAUUUGGGCGGUCAAAAUAACACUGCUGCGUUGAUGAAUCUGGGGAUCUCGCGGGGGGUUGGAGGAGCAGCAGCGGGCGGAGCGGGAGGAAUAAACAGCAGCCUUUUGGAUCCGUCACUCAGCUCUCUAGCGGGUGGUGGGGGAGGAGGAGGUGGAGGAGGAGGAGGAGGGAGGGGUGGGCUGAAUGACCCUAGUCUUUACUUGGCAUCGGAGCUUACAGUGGCUGGGGCAGGAGGGAGGUCCGUGAGGGACGAGUAUGGGUUGGUGGCGCGGGGGUUGGCGUCGCAAGGGGUGGAUAAUGAACUGUCGUUGUUGCAUCAGCUUAUGGGGCAACAGGGAGGGAGGAAUGGGGGAAUAACGCACUAG